AUGUCUGUGCGCGCACAAUUCGAAAACUCCAACGAGGUCGGCGUCUUCGCGACACUCACCAAUUCCUAUGCCCUUACUGCAGUCGGCGCAAGCGAGAACUUCUACAGUGUCUUUGAAUCCGAAUUGCAAGAUGUCAUUCCUAUUUGCCGGACUACAAUUGCGGGCACGCGCAUCAUCGGUCGAUUAACGGCAGGAAACCGCAAAGGCCUUCUUGUCCCUACAACCACAACCGAUCAAGAACUGCAACAUCUGCGCAAUUCUCUACCAGACGAGGUCAAGAUCCAGCGAAUAGAAGAACGUCUAUCUGCCUUGGGCAAUGUCAUCGUGUCGAAUGAUCACAUAGCAUUGGUCCACCCCGACUUGGAGCGCGAGACGGAAGAGAUUAUCGCAGAUGUUUUGGGUGUUGAGGUUUUCCGACAGACCGUCGCCGACAACGUGUUGGUGGGUAGCUAUAUGAGCCUUAGUAACCAAGGCGGUCUGGUACAUCCCAAGACCAGCAUCCAAGACCAAGAUGAGCUGAGCAGCUUGCUUCAAGUACCUCUAGUCGCUGGAAGUGUGAACCGAGGAAGCAAUGUGGUUGGAGCCGGCAUGGUAGUCAACGACUGGCUGGCGGUGACGGGAUUGGAUACUACGGCAACAGAACUAAGCGUGAUCGAGAGCGUCUUCCGACUAGGCGAAGGUGCAGCACCGGGUAAUAUUGGCGGUAAACUGAAAGACACCAUGGUGGAGAGCUUCUACUAA